AAUGGGCACUAUUUAUUUUUUCCGCUAUCAGCGCCUUUUCGUUUCCCCUCUAUUUCUGUUUCAUACCAAAAUGAAGCCAUGACGACGCCGGAUCGGCCACCGCCGCCCAAGGCGGUCAGAAAGCUCAUCGUCGAAAUCGCCGACGCUCGGAACCUUCUUCCCAAAGAUGGACAAGGAACCUCCAGUCCUUACGUCGUCGUCGCUUUUGGUGGCCAGAGGAAGCGGUCUGCAACUAAGAUCCACGAGCUUAACCCUAUCUGGAACGAGACGCUGGAAUUCAUCGUCUCCGAUCCUGAUGAUAUGAACUAUGAGGAGCUCGAGAUCGAGAUUUUCAACGACAAGAGGUACGGGAAUGGCUUUAGCCGGAAGGAUAACUUCUUGGGGAGGGUGAAGCUGUACGGAAGCCAGUUUACGAUGAGAGGAGAAGAGGGUUUGGUUUACUAUCAAUUGGAGAAGAAGAGCGUCUUCGGCUGGAUUAGAGGCGAAAUUGGCAUUAGGAUUUGUUACUUCGAUGAGUUGGUUGAAGAAGAUCCGUCGCCGCCUCUGCCGCAGGACGAGCAACCGCCUCUUCAGACUGUGACUGAGAAGCCGAUAACUCCGGAACCUGUGAUCGAUGAAUCGAGGACGUUCGAGGUUCCGCCGCUGGGGGAGGUCGGUCGCGACGAUUCGAACUUGCCGCCGGUGGUUGUCAUCGAGGAGUUUCCGCGGCAGGAGAUGCCGGUACAUACUGAGCCUCCACCGGCGAGGGUACUUGCUCCACCACCGGCGGAGGUAUUUGCUCCACCACCGGCCAGGGUACUUGCUCCACCACCGGCCAGGGUACUUGCUCCACCACCGGCGGAGUUACAUGCUCCACCACCGGCGGAGUUACAUGUUCCUCCACCGGCGGAGUUACAUGUUCCUCCACCCGCGGAGGGACAAUUUGCUCCUGAAAUGAGAAAGAUGCAGAAUAACAGAGCAGGAUUUGGGGAAGGGGCUAGAGUUCUGAGAAGGCCAAAUGGAGAUUACGCUCCAAGAGUGAUUAAUAAGAAAUUCAUGGCCGAGACUGAGAGGAUUCAUCCAUACGAUCUUGUGGAGCCGAUGCAUUAUCUCUUCAUCCGCAUUGAGAAAGCCAGAAAUGUUGCCCCGAACGAGAGCCCCUACUUCAAGAUUCGCACAUCAGGCCAUUUCAAGAAAUCGAAUCCAGCUAGUCAUCGGCCUGGUGAACCGACUGAUUCACCAGAGUGGAACCAGGUCUUUGCCCUCCGCCAUAACAAAUCUGAUACGGCGAAUAGGACAUUGGAGAUUUCAGUCUGGGAUACGCCAUCGGAGCAGUUCCUCGGCGGCGUUUGCUUCGAUCUAUCCGAUGUACCUGUGCGAGAUCCGCCCGAUAGUCCUUUGGCCCCUCAAUGGUACCGCCUCGAAGGCGGAGCCGGAGAUCAACAACCCUCUAAAAUUUCCGGCGACAUUCAGCUUUCUGUUUGGAUCGGAACUCAAGCCGACAACGCAUUUCCAGAGGCUUGGUGCUCCGAUGCUCCACACGUGGCUCAUACGCGCUCGAAGGUAUAUCAAUCUCCUAAGCUAUGGUAUUUGAGAGUUACAGUGAUAGAAGCGCAGGACCUUCACAUCGCUCCAAAUCUGCCUCCAUUAACGGCACCAGAGAUACGAGUCAAAGCACAGUUAAGUUUUCAGUCGGCUCGGACCAAGCGAGGGUCCAUGAACAGCCACGGCGCUUCAUUUCUCUGGAACGAGGACCUCGUCUUCGUCGCCGGCGAGCCUUUCGAAGAUUCCCUGAUCUUACUUGUUGAAGACCGGACAAGCAAGGAGGUCGUACUCCUCGGCCACGUCAUGAUUCCGGUUGAUAAAAUUGAACAACGGUUUGACGAGCGAUACGUGGCAGCAAAGUGGUUCUCAUUAGGAGGCGGCAACGGCGGCAGAAUCUAUCUCCGACUCUGCUUAGAAGGCGGAUAUCACGUGCUGGACGAGGCUGCGCACGUAUGUAGUGACUUCCGGCCGACGGCAAAGCAGUUGUGGAAGCCAGCCAUUGGAAUUUUGGAGCUCGGGAUUCUCGGAGCUCGAGGGUUGCUUCCGAUGAAGACUAAAGAUCCGGGAAAGGGGUCCACCGACGCUUACUGCGUCGCGAAGUACGGGAAAAAAUGGGUCCGAACCAGAACGAUGACUGACAGCUCUGAUCCAUGUUGGAACGAACAGUACACGUGGCAAGUCUACGACCCCUGCACCGUCCUCACCAUCGGCGUCUUCGACAAUUGGCGAAUGUACUCCAACGCGGCGGAGGACAAGCCCGAUAACUAUAUCGGAAAAGUACGAAUUCGUGUAUCAACACUCGAGAGCAACAAAAUCUAUACAAACACGUACCCCUUGAUGAUCUUACAGAGAGCAGGGUUGAAGAAAAUGGGAGAGAUCGAGCUAGCUGUCCGGUUCGCUUGUCCAGCAUUGUUGCCAGAGACGUGUGCGGUUUACGGCCAGCCAUUACUUCCAAGAAUGCACUAUCUCCGCCCAAUUGGGGUGGCUCAACAAGAGGCGUUACGCAUAGCUGCCACGAAGAUGGUGGCGACUUGGUUAGGCCGGUCGGAGCCACCGUUGGGCUCGGAGGUGGUUAGGUACAUGUUGGAUGCGGACUCACACACGUGGAGUAUGAGAAAAAGCAAGGCGAAUUGGUUUAGAAUUGUAGAUGUUUUGGCAUGGGCAAUUGGAUUGGUCAAGUGGUUGGAUGAUAUCCGGAGAUGGAGGAACCCCAUCACCACAAUUCUUGUUCAUACACUGUAUUUAGUUCUUGUUUGGUACCCAGAUUUGGUUGCCCCAACUGGGUUUCUGUAUGUGUUCUUAAUAGGAGUUUGGUACUAUCGGUUCAGACCAAAGAUACCUGCUGGAAUGGACACACGACUGUCGCAAGCCGAUGCGGUGGAUCCAGAUGAACUAGAUGAGGAAUUUGACACAAUUCCGAGCUCAAAACCACCAGAUGUAAUCCGAGUUAGGUAUGACCGACUAAGGAUACUAGCUGCUAGAGUCCAAACAGUAUUGGGAAAUCUUGCAACUCAAGGGGAAAGGGUGCAAGCAUUGGUCAGCUGGAGGGACCCUCGAGCUACAAAGUUGUUCAUUGGGGUAUGUUUCACUAUCACAUUGAUCCUCUACGUUGUGCCACCGAAAAUGGUGGCGGUGGCGCUUGGAUUCUACUACUUGCGCCACCCCAUGUUCCGGGACCCUACGCCGUCGGCUAGUUUGAACUUUUUCCGGCGAUUACCGAGCCUAUCAGAUAGGUUAAUGUAGAGUAGAGUAGUUGUUUAAUUGUAUUGAAAGUGCAUUUUUUCCAACCUUUUUGUGGGGCUUUCCAUAAUUACACCCCAAAUUGAUGAUGGGGGUUGAGCUGGCUACUUCGGUGGCGGGUGGGGAUGGGAGUUGGCGAUUGAAAAGGCAAAAAACAAAGAAGAAAAAAGUUCAACUGGUUUAGUUGAACAAGAUAUCCUGAAAACAUCAUGGUAAAGUGUGAAAGGGAGCAGAGAAAAAGUAACGAGCUGUAAUCAUAUUGUUUUGUUCUUGGAGUUGGAUUUCGAUUGACUAACUAUUUCAGAUUUUUGAGAGAGAAAAAUGGAGGGAAAAUAGAGUAUCUCAUGGUGAACAGGGUCGAUAGCUUGGGUCUUGAAAAGUUGGAACAUCACAAGUUAUUGGUAGCCAUACAUUUUUCAUUGUUGAACUUGUAGUUCUUUUGAGUAUUGAUUGUUUUUGUUACACUUGACAUUGGAAAAUGUCUUCAAGAAAUCAGGACCAUCAGAAAUAAGUUGAGACAAAGAAAUUACCAAGUCGUGUGCCGGGAUUCUCGGCAACCCACAUCAAUUUCUGGCCAUUGGGUUGCCAUAUUUAUGGAGAUGAGUUGCAGAGCCAAUAAUUGCAGAACAAAUCAUCCAGUUUGCCUUCAAUUUUGUCAUAAAAGAGUAACUGCUGAUCUACCUCUCUGCAAUUUCAGAUUAAACAUAAUGGGAGGAAACUCAGAAGAGAAGCACGAGGAUAAGGUUGAGAAGAAGGAGAAGAAACACGAGGAAGAAGGAGAUGAAAAAAGGAAGGAAAAGAAGGGAAAAGAUAAGGAAGGAAAAGAUGGUGAAAAGAAAGAGAAGAAGCCAAAGGAUCCUGCGGAUAAGAAAGACCCAACUAAGCUCAGACAGAAACUGGAGAAGCUUGAAGUUAAGAUGCAGGCUUUGGCGGUUAAGAAAGAAGAGAUCUUGAAAUUGCUCCAUGAAGCUGAACAGAAUGCUGCUGCUGCUCCUCCGCCUUGAAUCCUUCUACGAGUACCUCUCUUUCACCUUCUCUUUUAUUGAAAGCAUAUAUGAAUAAAAAGCUUUGAACUAGAUCCUCCCAUUUGAAGAGAUCUGUUUAGCAUAACUGUUAGUCUAUAACUAUGAAUGAAUGCUGGUAACAAUUUCAAUCUUUUAUAGAUAUAUGUUUAUUAUUUUCAUUUGUUCUCAAAUAUAUUGGUUCAUGUUCA